UGGCUAGUAAGUCCUUUAGCGAGGCGAGAAGCCAAAAAAUUAGAAGAAAAAACAAGUUUGUGUGUAUUGAAUCAACAUAUUCAUAGCGGGAUACAAUAGGCAUAUAUACAGAAGUUGAAAGGAAGCGUGGAUCUGCGAACGAUCGAUGGCGCUUUCCAGACUUCGUCAUCCGGUGAUUCUCCGAGCUCCUUCUCUUCUCCGUGCUCGCCGUCUUCUCGCCGCCGGCCCAUCCAACUCUUCCACUUUCCGAUCCCUCCAUCAUGUUUCUGGGGCGCUGAAUCAAAUUCCUGAUGUGGAUGCUACGUCAUUAAGGCCUUUACAUUUCCGUCUGCUCAGUGGAGUCCACGACAUACCAUCUAAGUUACAGAGUGGUGUUCGGUAUCUAUCGUCAGCUGAGGCUCCUUUGCAUACAGAGGUGGCAAUGCCAGCUUUGUCCCCUACAAUGACUCAAGGUAAUAUAGCAAAGUGGAGAAAGAAAGAGGGGGACAAGAUUGAAGUGGGGGACAUACUAUGUGAGAUAGAGACUGAUAAAGCAACACUUGAGUUUGAAAGUCUUGAAGAAGGUUUCCUAGCAAAGAUAUUGGUCCCUGAAGGAACAAAAGAUGUACCAGUGGGACAGGCUAUAGCAAUUACGGUGGAAGAAGCAGAUGACAUACAAAAAGUCCCUGCUGCUGUUGGUGGUGCAUCAGAGGGUAAAAAUCAGGUAUCGUCUCAGACAGAUGCAGCAACAGGAGACAAGGUUCCAGAAGCCAGUCCUGUGAAUAUCAGCACAUCUGAACUUCCUCCUCAUUUGGUCCUUGAUAUGCCAGCUUUGUCCCCAACCAUGAGCCAAGGUAAUAUCGCUAAAUGGAGGAAAAAGGAAGGUGACAAGAUAGCGGUUGGUGAUGUUCUCUGUGAGAUAGAAACUGACAAAGCGACCCUCGAGUUUGAAAGUCUCGAAGAAGGAUUCUUGGCAAAAAUAGUGGCACCUGAAGGUUCAAAAGAUGUGGCUGUUGGGCAGCCUAUUGCAAUCACAGUUGAGGAUGAAAAUGAUAUUGAAGCAGUGAGGACAUCAAUCAGCAGCAACAAUAUCGUCAAGGAAGAAAAGGCGAUCCGUCAGGAUGCCACAGCUGAACCUAGAACUCAGACGACGGGUUUCAACAGAAUCAGUCCAGCUGCAAAGAUGUUAAUCAUGGAACAUGGGUUAGAUGCAUCAUCAAUUCCAGCAUCUGGUCCUCGUGGUACCCUGUUAAAGGGAGAUGUUCUCGCUGCAUUGAAGUCUGGAAAGGGAUCAACCAAAAUUUCAUCAAUUAAGAAGGCAACUUCAUCUCCCCCUAUGGUCGACCAACAAGCUACUCCAACAGAGUCACUUGGGUUGAAAUCUGAUGGACAACAAAAAGAUGCUUAUGAAGAUUUGCCCAAUAGUCAAAUUCGCAAGGUGAUAGCAGCAAGGUUAUUGGAAUCUAAGCAAUCUACCCCUCAUUUGUAUUUGUCCACAGAUGUUAUAUUGGACUCCCUUCUCUCCUUCAGAAAGGAGCUUAAAGAAAAGUAUGAUGUUAAAGUCUCGGUGAAUGACAUUGUCAUCAAAAUGGUUGCAACAGCAUUAAGAAAUGUACCAGAAGCAAAUGCUUACUGGGAUGUUGGAAAAGGAGAGGUGGUGUUUUCUGACUCUGUUGACAUAUCAGUUGCGGUUGCCACUGAAAAGGGCUUGAUGACACCAAUUAUCAGGAAUGCUGAUCAGAAAUCCAUAUCCUCGAUUUCUGCGGAGAUCAAGGAGCUUGCUGAAAAGGCACGGUCUGGGAAGCUUAAACCUAACGAAUACCAAGGUGGCACUUUCAGCAUCUCAAACUUGGGCAUGUUUCCAGUGGAUCGCUUUUGUGCAAUUAUCAACCCCCCUCAGGCUGGUAUACUUGCUGUUGGUAGGGGCAAUAAAGUUGUUGAAGCAGUGGUUGGCACUGACGGAAUUGAAAAGCCAGCUGUAGUUAACAAAAUGAGUUUGACUUUAUCUGCCGAUCAUCGCGUCUUUGAUGGAAAGGUUGGAGGUGCUUUCAUUUCGGCAUUGUCUUCUAACUUCAGUGACAUCAAGAGGCUUCUAGUGUAAUACAAUUGAAAUUUACUUUCAAGUCUGGGAACAAAAUAUCCUACAGGACAACCUGUGCAGGCGGCAUAGAUCUUUCAGAUUUGCCUUUUUCAGAUCUCAAGCUUUCUUGUAUUUACCCCAUUUUUGUUCUUGAGGAUCAGAAUGAUUUCAGGUCCAUAAAAUUGGACUAGUUCCAAUACGAGUGACACCACCAUUUCUUCGGUGAUAUUAUCGACAAAGCUUAUGACUAUGUCAUUCUCCUAUCUGCUUUUCCUGUAAAAGUUGUACAAUAAAGUGCCUCAGUAUUCUUUACCAAAAUAAAGAGCGGCUGAUUCUUUUUCCC